AUGGCUGAUACAUUAUCAGCUGAAGAUAAGGAGUUUUUAGCUAAAUGCGAGGAAGAACUGAAGGAUAGAUUUACUGAGAAAGAUGAAGAUUUUAUGAAAGUUUUUAAUGAAGUGGUCUCUAAGCCUCCAGUGGUGGACUCCUGGUGGGUUCCCAAUUCUGGUCGUCGUAAUGAUCGCCGCAAUAACCGGAGGAACCACCCGUACCAACGCGACAACAGAGACAGGAACUACGACCGCCGGGACAAUAGAGGCUACAACGACUACAACAGAGGAUACAACGACUACAAUAGAGGAUACGACGACGGCGGAUCAGGAUACCGCGCACGGCAACGCUAUCCAUACUGA